AGAAGAUGAAGAGAAGAAAAAGAAGGAGGUGAUGGAGGAGGAGGAGAAUAUUGAGGAGUACCUUAACCGAAGUGACACCGCUGUCAUUUACCCGCAGCCUGUCAGUGAACCUGAUGAGGAAGAUGACACCGGAGAUUCUGUGAAUAAUACCGAUGAUGAAUAUCUCUUGAAAUGUAUGCACUGCAAGGAAUCUUUCAGUCAAGAAUCUCGGUUGCAUUCUCACAUUAAAGCAAUGCAUUCAGAGAAGUCUGUGAAAUUCAUGUGUUCGAAAUGCGAAGAGACAUUUACGCUGAAAUCCCAGCUUGAUAACCAUAUGGAACUGCAUUUGGCCACUUCACAGACUUGUACUGUCUGUAAGAAAACAUUUGCCAAUGUCUACCGACUUCAGCGCCACAUGAUCAGCCACAAUGAGAGCACAUCGCUACGGAAAUUUAAGUGCGAGGAAUGUGGCAAAGCGUUCAAAUUCAAACAUCAUCUCAAGGAACACAUUCGUAUUCAUUCUGGAGAGAAGCCUUUUGAAUGUUCCAACUGCCGGAAACGGUUCAGCCACUCCGGUUCCUACAGCAGUCACAUGACCUCCAAAAAAUGCUGGGUCGUGAACAUGAAGAGUCGUCGGAUCGACCACAAUGGUAACGCAGGUGACUCUGUUCCAUAUUCUCCGGCCUCUAAAAAUGGACAUAGCCAGUCGGCCAUCUCUUUGCAAAAAUCCUCAGGCAGUCUUCCACGACAAUUAAUUACAUAUGAUAACCCCAACUCUAGCCUUCCAAAAUUCUUUCCUAAUGCUUCUUCAUACAUCUCAUAUCCCAUGUACCCUCAGAAGGAGAACCUUUCCGACAGAAUCGCGCCACUAACCAACCAGACUAUUGCACAUUCUAAUUCCUCAAAAGUAUCUUUUAAUCAGAAGCCUUCUCUAACAAAAAAUACAAAACUCUCACCUGACAUGAACUCAAACAUGCAGCCUUUAUCGAUGGUAGUCCUGAAGAAACCUGACAGUCCUGCCGUACCCUUGCAGUCACAAGUGACCUCUCCGCCUCUUGACGAACAAGUCAUCAAAACUGAGCCAUCAGACCAGUCGGAGGUCAUCAAAGUUUUAAGUAGUGUCAAUAUUAAGAAGGAAAAUUCUAAAGACGGUUUUCCAGUAACCGACGUCAUGCAAGAGAAGCACUCCGAUUCCCCUCCUCUUCCUCCAUCCAACUUUGUAGAUGCCAAAGAUGUUGAUCUCACAUGCCGAUUUUGUGCAUCAGCCUUCCGCAGUCCUGUGGCACUGCACCAACAUGAACGCUAUCUAUGCAAAUCCAACAAAGAUAUCGUGCAUAGAGUUACCAACUUGGAGGUAACGUCGUGCAACAGUCCGAGUAGUACAACUUCCUCGUCGGAAAUGAUUAAACGCGAGACACCAAACGGCAGUUUGGAGAACGGCACCGAUGAGGAGGAAGCAGAGGAAAUUUUCAAAGAGGAAAACCUCGAUAAGAAGUUCCGUAUGCGUUCCAUGAUAAGCGACGACCAGCUGCAGGUUCUGAAGAAAUAUUACCAGCUCAACCCUCGACCUCGUAAACAUGACCUGAUAAAAAUCGGCAAUGAAAUUGGUUUCCCGAAACGCGUGGUGCAGGUUUGGUUUCAGAACAUGAGAGCACGAGAUCGUAAGAAAGGUAAAAAUGUCCCGUAUUUCCCCGCUAUGGCUCGUUUCAAACAACAGGAGGAUUCAGCAACCACGUCCUCCACAUGGAAAGAGCCAGUAAAAUCUACUAAUUCGGCCUACAUCCCUGUGGUUCCACAUUUCAAUAAUUCUGUCCAAAUUCCUUCUGGAAUUCCACCAUCAUCAUCGCCUUCAUUUCCAGCUCAUUCACAUACAAAAGUAAACGGUCAGUUUAACGCUGCCACCGAAAACCGUGAUGCCUUGUUCAAUAACCAGGACCAACCUUUAGAUCUUAGUCUGAAAAGAGAACCCCCCAGAGCUCACAGUGGCCACAAACCAGUCAGUAGCAAUGCCUAUAAUUCCCAUCCUCCUCCUGCUACUCCCAGUCAGAAUUUUGAUAACGAAGUUCUAAACCUAAGUUGCCGAUCUCCUAUCAGUGUCAAGCAAGAACAUGUAGAUGGCGCAAGCUCUGCUCAAAGUAGCUUCCAGGAAUCUGCUCUGUAUAAAUAUAUGAAGCAAGAAGGAAUGAUUGUUAACAAGCCAGCCCUUAACCAAGACGCGACCUCGUUAAGCAAGCUUUCCCAUUCCAGUCCCAUUCCAGCCGCGAUGCAAGACUCUCUCACAUCACCUUAUCGCUCCAGUGGCAAAUCCAUUGCCAGUGGGGAGAACGAAAGCAAACCCAAAGUUCCAAAGUCUGAGUUGAAGCAGCCCGAUGACUCGUCAAUGUCAAGUGAUGGUUCUAUAGACAGCGUUAGUAAUCGGUCUCUCGUCAUUGACGAGAGUAAAUUCCACAAUGAGAAAAGCGACGGUGACUGUCUUUCUGAUGAUGAUGAUGAAGAUGAUGACGAUUCCGACGAAGAUGAUUCUCCACCAAGACUGUCAAAUGGUUUGUCCGAUGGUAAUCUCACUCCUUCCAAGAUGAGAGAAGACAACCAUCAGACAAAUCCAGAUGGCACCAAAAAACCAAAACGAUUACGCAAGAAGUCUUGGAAACAGAGUCUACCCUGUAUUGCAUGGCAGAUGGCAUCGGAAGAAAUCCAGCUCGACCUCGAAGAGACAAAUACGGUCGAUGAAGAUCACCCACAUAGGAAAAAACGCCGAUCUUGGAAGAAUCAUCGAGUCGACGUAGAGGAAGGCUUAUAUGCUUGCGAUCAAUGUGAUAAAAUGUUUAGCAAGCAGAGUUCACUUGCUAGGCAUAAAUACGAACAUUCAGGAGCACGUCCGUUUGUGUGCGAUGAGUGCCCGAAGGCGUUCAAACACAAGCACCACCUAACCGAACACAAGCGGCUGCACAGCGGUGAAAAACCAUUCCAGUGCAAGAAGUGCUCCAAGCGCUUCAGUCAUUCUGGUUCUUACAGCCAACACAUGAAUCACCGCUACAAAUACUGCAAACCACCGAAGCAUGACGAGGAGGAAGACAUCGGCGCGAAUGAGUGAAUGGGCCACUUACAUCAUCAGAAACAACAUCAAACUACCACUACUACUACUAUGAUUACUACUGCUACUACUACUACUACAACUCCUUCUACAACUAGUUCUACUACUACUACUAUUAUUGCUAUGUCAUCCAUGUUAACAAUUGCAUCGAUAACAUCAACACUGCCACUUUGCUUCAUUGACAACAACAACAA